UCUUACUCCAACCAUUUUCAUCUCUUUAUUCCAUUCCCCUUUGCUCUCAUUUUCAUCUGCUCCGAUCGAGUUCCCUUUUCUUCUUAAUUAAUUCUCUAUAGUCCUCUCUUUUAUUCACCCUCAAGCUGUUUCUAGUGAUUCUUACUCCAACCAUUUUCAUCUCCAACGCUUUAUAACAUCUCGGGCUCAUCACUUUAUCCCCAGGCUUCUUUCUUUGUCAACCAUUUCCCUGAUCUUUCAUUUUCUUCUCCUACCUUUGCUUCCUUGUAACUGCAAAAUCUAAUCAAAAAUAUCAAAACAGAAAAAGGAAAAAAAAAUUUUAGUGUUCAGACACAAGAGUCUUGUUUUCCUUAUUACACUAGCCAGUGAAGAAUUAAUAAGGUGAUAGCUAUGGAAAUCUUAUCUAUGUUUGUGGACAAAGUCACAGCUUGCUUGAUCCCGCCAGUUGUGCGAGGGAUUGGGUAUUUCUAUUAUUACAAGAGAAACAUCACAUCCCUGGAAGAAGAAUCUAAUAAGCUGGAGAACAUCGGAAUUGGGGUGCAUCAAAGAGCGGAGGCUGACCGGAGAAACUUACAAGUCAUUUCACCCAAUGUUGAGGCUUGGUUAACUAGUGUUGAUACUGCUACUGCAGAUGUGGCAGUUGUAAUGCGAGGUCGAAUUGAGGUUGAAAGGGGUUGCUUCUAUGGUUGGUGUCCCAAAUUGAAGUCACGUUACUUGCUGAGCAGGAAAGCUAAGAAACUUGAACUGGAUGUGAUUGGUCUUCAAUCGGAAGGCAAAGAUUAUGUUUCUUUCUCCUAUCCAGCACCACUUGUAGUUAAAGUUAUACACAGUGGUGAGGAGUUUGACUCUAGAAAACAGAAGGAGGAAGAGGUCAUGGAAGCUUUGAGAGACGAGGGGAUCACUGUUGUUGGGAUAUGUGGUAUGGUUGGUGUUGGUAAAACAACCCUGGCUGAGAAAGUAAGAGCAAGGGCAAAACAAGCAGGGUUGUUUAAUGAUGUUGUCAUGGUAACUGUCAGUCAACAACCAGACUUCAAAAAAAUUCAGGGUGAGAUCGCUGGAGAAGUUGGGCUGAAUUCGUUGCAAGGAGACAAUUUGUUGAGUCGUGGAGAUUAUCUACGUGCAAGGUUAAUGCAGAAGGGCAGUCGCAUCCUCGUAAUUUUGGAUGAUGUUUGGGAGGCUCUUUAUGAUCUAGAGAAACUUGGAAUUCCCAGUGGUAGCAACCACAAUUAUCGGUGCAAAGUGACAUUGACGACGUGUCGCCGGGAUGUUUGUGACGCUAUGGAUGCUCAAAAGAUCGUAGAUGUUGGAAUCUUAUCUGAUGAAGAAGCUUGGGUCCUUUUUAGGCAGAAAGCCGGCUCUUCAGCUGACGAUCCCUCUCUUCCUGAAGUAGCAAAAGAUGUUGCCAAUGAAUGCAAGGGGCUACCGCUAGCAAUUAUUACAAGCCUAAAGCACAAAGCCAAGCCUUUGUGGGAGGAUGCCCUUGUAGAAUUACAAAAAUCAGCACCAAAAAAUAUCCCAGGAGUGCUUACAAAUGUGUAUCAACCUCUGAGGAUAAGCUAUUACCACUUACAAAGUGAUGAAGCCAGGUAUGUCUUUUUGCUAUGUUCAUUGUUUGAGGAAGAUAGUAAUAUUUGGACUGAAGAAUUACUUAGAUAUGGAAUGGGGCUUGGCAUCUUUUCGGAGCCCAAAAAUUUAGAACGUGCAAGAAAUAGGGUGUCUAAUCUGUUAGAAACAUUGAAAAAUUGUUUCUUGUUAUGCCAAGGUUCAGACAAAAAUUAUUUCAAAAUGCAUGAUGUGAUGCGAGACGUGGCUAUAUAUAUUGCGUCUGAGGGUAAGCAUAUUUUUAUGGUAAGUCACAAUGUGAAAUCAGAAGAGUUCCCAAGAAAAGACUCUUACGAGCAAUACAAUCAUAGGUCAAUUGUUGCAAAUAAAUUUGAUGAGCAUCCCAGACCAAUAUCUUGCCCACGACUGAAGUUUCUAAUGUUAAAACUCCGUUUCGAAGAGGGUUUCAAAUUACAAGAUUUUUUUGAUGGAAUGAGUGAACUUAGUGUCAUAAGCCUGAGUGGAUAUGAUCAAGAAUCCAUUCUGCCCUUUCCAUCAUCCAUUCAGAGGUUGUCAAAUCUGAGGACGCUAUGUCUGAAUAAUCUAAGAUUGAAUGACAUGACCAUUAUUCGGGAAUUAGUCUCUUUAGAAAUUCUCAGCAUCAGAGAUUCUUACUUAGAGGAGCUUCCAGUGGAGGUAGGAAACUUGGUCAACCUAAUUAUGUUAGAGUAUUGGAAUACUAGGUAUAGAAAACGCAUGAGGAUUUCACCAGGGGUCUUAUCAAGACUAGUUCGAUUGGAGGAACUACAUGUGGUGGGAGUAGAACAAUGUAGUUACUCCACCUUGAGGGAGCUGGAAUCCUUACCGAGAUUGACUGCGCUAUCAUUCACCUAUUCCAGAGAUGUGAUUUACAGUAACUUGGGCCUAUCCUCCAAGUUGACACAGUACGCUCUUACAGUGGGUGGAGGCAACAUAGAGGAUACAAUCAUGGCAACUUACAACAAGAUUAUCGCCCUAAAUGUCAGCGAGAGCACUCUAUUGGGUGAUUGGAUCCGCCUCCUGUUGAGAAAUAGCGAAUUUGUAAGUUCAAGAGGAAAGGGCUCCAAGAAUGUACUGGCCGAGUUGAAGAAUGUGAAAGAUCUCAGGCUGGCUUAUUGUGAUUCAUUGGAUAUCCAAUGUCAGAAUAAUAUUCCAUUCCUCAAACUCGAAAGGCUGAAGGUAAGUGAGUCUGAUCAUCUACGGCAUCUUUUUUGUUUGUCCUUGGUUUGCCCCGAUGAAGAAGAAGAAGGGAUCUCUCGAAGAACACAUAUGAGACCUGACGUAAUCAAGUUCCCCAAUUUAUAUCGCUUGGAACUUUGUAAUCUGGGAUGCUUCACUCACUUUUGCAGAGACACUGUUGAGGGCAUUGAGUUCUCUCUGUUAGGGGAAAUGCAAUUUGGGGGAUUACCAGAGUUCCAAAAUUUCUGGCCUACAGACAACAAUGCUAUCACCUACUCAAAUCCUCUUUUUAAUGAAAAGGUUUCUUGUCCCAACCUGGAAGUGCUAUCUAUCUGGAAGGCCAACAGCAUAACUGCUCUAUGCUCUCACCAACUUCCAAUGGGCUACUUCAAUAAACUUGAAAAAUUGACAGUGAGGAGGUGUGGAGGGUUGAGAAACUUGAUGUCUCCAUUAGUGGCCAAAGGUCUUCUGGAUCUCCGAACACUAUUGAUACAAGAAUGCCAAUCAAUGGAAGAAGUGAUUACAGAAGAGGAACAACAAGGAGAAGAAAUCAUGACAAAUGAGCCUUUAUUUCUUGUGUUGGAUAAGCUGAUACUCAAUAAGCUACCAAAGCUGGGGCAUUUCAUUCUGACGAAGCGUGCUCUUGAAUUUCCAUUUCUCAGAGCAUUGAAGAUUCAUGACUGCCCUGAAAUGAAGACGUUUGUCCAACAGGGAUCCAUCAGUACACUGAGUCUCAAAAGUGUGAACAAUGAUGAUGAGGUGAAAGUAGUUGAUAUGAUGUUCAAUUCUAAGGUUUCUUGUCCCAACCUGGAAGUGCUAUUUAUUAGUGGUGCUGCGAGCAUAACUGCUCUGUGCUCUCACCAACUUCCAACUGCCUACUUCAGCAAACUUGAAUCAUUGGAAGUAAAGUCGUGUGGAAAAUUGAGAAAAUUGAUGUCUCUAUCAGUGGCCAGAGGUCUUCUGAAUCUCCGAACACUAAGCAUAAAAGACUGCCGAUCAAUGGAAGAAGUGAUUACAGAAAAGGAACAACAAGGAGAAGAAAUCACGUGUAAUGAGCCCUUGUGUCUCCGGUUGGAAGAGCUGAAACUCAACUAUUUGAUAAAGCUGGCGCAUUUCAUUCUGACUAAGCAUGCUCUUGAAUUUCCAUUUCUUAAAAAUGUGGCAAUUACCGUAUGCCCUAAAAUGAAGGCAUUUAUCCAACAGGGAUCUGUGAGUACAACGAGUCUCGAAAUUGUGAAUGAUGAUGAUGAGCUGAAAGUUGUUGAUCUCAAUAAAGCGAUGUUCGAUUCUAAGGUUUCUUGUCCCAACCUGGAAGUGCUGCAACUCCACGAGGCUAACAGCAUAAGUGCCCUGUGCUCUCACCAAUUUUCAACUGCCUACUUCGGCAAACUUAAAGACUUGGGUGUGAGGAGGUGUGGAGAAUUGAGAAACUUGAUGUCUGCAUCAGUGGCUAGAGGUCUUCUGAAUCUCCAGACACUAAGCAUAAGAGAAUGUCAAUCAAUGAAAGAAGUGAUUACAGAAGAGGAACGACAAGGAGAAGAAAUUAUGACAAAUGAGCCCUUAUUUCCCAUGUUGGAUAAGCUAAUACUUGAUAAGCUACCAAAGCUGAGGCAUUUCUUUCUUACAAAGCGUAUUCUUGAAUUUCCAUUUCUCAGAGCAGUGAAGAUUCAUGACUGCCAUCGAAUGAAGACGUUUGUCCAACAGGAAUCUGUUAGUAUAUCGAGUCUCAAAAGUGUGAACUAUGAAACGAUGUUCAAUUCUAAGGUUUUUUGUCCCAACCUGGAAGUGCUAUUCAUAACUGCUCUGUGCUCUCACCAACUUCCAACUGCCUACUUCAACAAACUUGAAACUUUGAAAGUAGAUAGUUGUGAAAAAUUGAGAAACUUGAUGUCUCCAUCAGUGGUCAGAGGUCUUCUGAAUCUCCGAAUGCUAGAUAUAAAUCAAUGUCAAUUAAUGGAAGAAGUGAUAGGAGAAGAGGAACGAGAAGGAGAAGAAAUCAUGUGUAAUGAGCCCUUAUUUCCCCGGUUGGAAAACCUGAACCUUUACAAUUUGCCAAAGCUGGGGCAUUUCAUUCUAACUAAGCAUGCUCUUGAAUUUCCAUUUCUUAAAGAAUUGGAUAUUAGUAGCUGCCCUAAAAUGAAGACAUUUAUCUAACAGGAAACUGUGAGUACACUGAAUCUCGAAAGUGUAAAAAAUGAUGAUGAGCUGAAAGUUGUUGAUCUCAAUAAAGCGAUGUUCAAUUCUAAGGUUUCUUGUCCCAACCUAGAAGUACUACGACUCUAUAAGGCUAACAGCAUAAGUGCUCUAUGCUCUCACCAACUUCCAACUGCCUACUUCAACAAACUUGAAAAAUUGAAAGUACGGAAUUGUGAAAAACUGAUAAACUUGAUGUCUCCAUCAAUGGCCAGAGGUCUUCUCAAUCUCAGGAAACUAGAAAUAGAAUAUUGUCCAUUAAUGGAAGAAGUGAUCACAGAAGAGGAACAACAAGGAGAAGAAAUCAUGACUAAUGAGCCCUUAUUUCCCCGGUUGGAAGAACUAAUACUCCAUAAGCUACCAAAGAUGGGGCAUUUCUUUCUGACGAAGCAUGCUCUUGAAUUUUCAUUUCUCAGAGCAAUGAAGAUUCGUAAAUGCCCUGAAAUGAAGAUGUUUGUCCAACAGGAAUAUGUGAGUACACCGAGUCUCGAAAAUGUGAACAGUGAUGAUGAGGUAAAAGUAGAUGAUGUGAAUGGAUGGAUACAUCGGUGGUUCAUUUCUAAGAAGGUGGAAGUGAAUCUGAAGCUUCAAUUAAGUGACGGCAGAAGUACUCGACGAUAUGUCCAAAGUGCAUCCAAGUUAGCUCGAACAUCACCUGAUACCUAUGCUCGUGAUGGGAGGUAACAAGCAGAGGUGGGUCUACACUAUAACCCAUGGGUUCAAAUGAACCCAACAGCUUUUGCCCAGAGACUUGUAUCUCUAUUUGUAAUUUCUAGAAAAUAGUUUAUUGCAAGCGCAAUUACUAUUAUUAUUAUAUUAAACUUGAGGGCCCGGUAGGAUUUGAUAAAUUUAAAAUUUUGAAUUCUCUUGUGAAAGACAUAUUAUCUGGCUCUAGUGACUC